AUGCCCAGGAUGGACUCCGCCAAGCCGAGGUCCUGGGGCAGCUUCUGGGCCAUCCUGACCUUGGUGGGCCUGGCCACUCGUGCAGCGCAGAGAGCUGACGUCGGCGGGGAGGCAGCGGGCACCUCCAUCAACCACUCCCAGGUGCUGCUCCAACGCCUGCAGGAGCUGCUGCGGCACGGUAACGCCAGCGACGUGGUGCUGCGGGUGCAGGCGGCGGGCACCGAUGAGGUCCGAGUCUUCCACGCCCACCGCCUGCUGCUGGCGCUGCAUAGCCAGCUCUUCCGGGAGCUGCUGAGCAACCAGAGCGAGGUGGCGCUGCAGGAGGCCCGGGACUGCGCCGCCGUCUUCGACAAGUUCAUCAGGUACCUGUACUGCGGCGAGCUGACCGUGUUGUUGUCCCAGGCCAUCCCCCUGCACAGGCUGGCCACCAAAUACGGCGUGGCCGCCCUGCAGCGGGGCGUGGCCGACUACAUGCGCGCGCACCUGGCGGGCGGCGCGGGCCCGGCCGUGGGCUGGUACCACUACGCGGUGAGCACCGGGGACGAGGCCCUGCGGGACAGCUGCCUGCAGUUCCUGGCGUGGAACCUGUCGGCCGUGGCGGCGAGCGCCGAGUGGGGCGCCGUGAGCCCCGAGCUGCUGGCGCAGCUGCUGCAGCGCUCCGACCUGGUGCUGCAGGACGAGCUGGAGCUGUUUCACGCGCUGGAGGCGUGGCUGGGCCGCGCGCGGCCGCCCCCGGCCGUGGCGGAGCGGGCGCUGCGCGCCAUCCGCUACCCGAUGAUCCCGCCGGCGCAGCUGUUCCAGCUGCAAGCGCGCUCCGCCGCCCUGGCGCGCCACGGCCCCGCGGUGGCCGACCUGCUGCUCCAGGCCUACCAGUUCCACGCCGCCUCGCCGCUGCACUACGCCAAGUUCUUCGACGUCAACAGCAGCGCCUUCCUGCCGCGCAACUACCUCGCGCCCGCCUGGGGCGCCCCGUGGGUCAUCAACAACCCGGCCCGCGACGACCGCAGCACCAGCUUCCAGACUCAGCUGGGCCCCAGCGGCCACGACGCCGGCCGCCGGGUCACGUGGAACGUGCUCUUCUCCCCGCGCUGGCUGCCCGUCAGCCUGCGGCCCGUCUACGCCGACGCCGCGGGCACCGCGCUGCCCGCCGCGCGCCCCGAGGACGGCCGGCCGCGCCUCGUGGUCACGCCGGCCAGCAGCGGCGGCGACGCGGCGGGCGUGAGCUUCCAGAAGACCGUGCUGGUGGGGGCGCGCCAGCAGGGCCGCCUCCUGGUCCGCCACGCCUACAGCUUCCACCAGAGCAGCGAGGAGGCCGGGGACUUCCUGGCGCACGCCGACCUGCAGCGGCGCAACUCCGAGUACCUGGUGGAGAACGCCCUGCACCUGCACCUCAUCGUCAAGCCGGUCUACCACACCCUCAUCCGGACGCCCAAGUAG